AUGGCUGAUCAAUAUAUCGAGGUAUCUAGUGGUUAUAGUAAUAAUAAUUAUGCUAAUGUUUCAUUAAUUGUUGAUAUCGCCGAACGUACUAGUGUUCAUGCUGUUUGGGCUGGCUGGACAUGCAUCCGAGAACCUGAAUCAUUAGCGCAGAGUAAACAUAAGAUAGUUUUCAUUGGUCCUCCCAAUUCAGCGAUGCAUUCGUUAGGUGAUAAAAUAUCAUCUACGAUCGUUGCUCAAUCUGCAAAUGUUCCUACGAUGGAUUGGAGUUAUAGCAAAUAUCAUUGGAUUUACCAAGCUUCGGAGGGUGGAGAAGGAAAGGGAAUUAGAAAAGUGGAAAAUCCAGAUAAUUUUAAGCAAGAAUUUGCUCAAGUUCAAGGUGAGGUUCCUGGUUCACCGAUUUUCAUCAUGCGGCUUGCUCGAGAUGCUCGUCAUCACGAAGUUCAAUUUUAUUGGAUCAAUACGGGAAACGCGAUCUCCUUAUUUGGAAGAGAUUUUUCGGUACAAAGGCGUCAUCAAAAGAUCAUUGAAGAGGCUCCGUUACGAUUGCAAAACAAGAGACAUUUGAAUCGAUGGAAAGGUCUGCUAUUACAGGUUGAACAUCCUACGACAGAAAUGGUUACAGGUGUGAAUUUACCUGCUGUUCAAUUACAAAUCGCUAUGCUUCAUCAAAUUCGUGAUAUUAGAAUUCUUUAUGGUAUAACAGCGGAAAAUCCUGACGCAGGAUUCAAACCAAGUAGUGGUAUGUCGUGCUUCAAUGAAUUGUCGGUUCGUGGAGACUUUAGAACCGCAGUUGAAUAUUUAGUCAAAUUGCUUGAAACCCAAGCUUUCGAAGAAAAUAGUUUUACAACGGGAUUGUUGGACAUGUUAAUAUAUGAUGAAAAUCUAACGGCCGAAAAGCCUGAUAAAAUGUUGGCUGUUAUAUGCGGUGCAGUGACCAAAGCUUAUACAGCAGCCAUGGAAUCCAUAAUGGAAUAUAAAGUUUCUUGGAGAAAGGACAAAUCCCUGGCAGAGAUAUAUUGCGCACCAUCAGCUCCAGAUUCUUUCACGCUUUACUUGAAUGGAUCAAGGGUUCAAGUUUUUCUUACCGAUGGUGGGGUUAUUAGUAAAACUUGUUUACUUGAACAAGAAAAUGAUCCAACACAACUUCUUUUACUCUCCUGGAAAGCUUGUGAGAUUUUGUGGAGUCUGACGAUCAUUCGAGUUCGUCACGUGUUACCUUUUGCACUUCCUGCAAUGAAUCCGCCCGUUUUAGUUUGUGAUAAAGCUCAUCAGAGAUUUUGUGAGGUCAAGCAUAUCUUUGGAUGUAUAUUGGAUGGUUAUGAUAUUCAAGCAAUGUUACAGAGUAGCGUCAAAGAAAUAAUCGAACUUUUAGAAUAUUCCGAUCUUCCUUAUUUAGAAUCUCAUGCAGUACUUUCAGCACUCUCCGGAAGAAUCCCGGCCAAACUUGAGACAGCUUUAUUGAGAAUUUCUAAUGAGACGCAUAUCCUGAUUUUGUUCUCGAAUUCGGACAAACGCGAAGAAGCUGUUCAUGCUUUACGUGACGAAUACAAGAAUGACCUGAGAUUAGGCCCGCAAAUGUUAGACAAGCUCUUAUUCACCGUUUUUGAAAAAUUGGCGGAACUUGGAGGGCGUUUCACAACCAAAGUUACAUUGAAGGCGCGUGAAUUGUUGAUUCAUUGUCAUUUAACUUCUUAUGAAGAAAGGUAUGCUCAAAUGGAACAAAUAAUGAAGGCUGCAGUUAUAGAGAGUCAUUAUGGAGAUUAUGGUUAUGACUACCGAACCCCAAGUUAUGAUUCUCUCAAAGAAUUAAUUGAUACGCGAUUUGUUGUUUUCGAUGUUCUUCCGAAUUUCUUUUAUCAUCAAGAUAAUCAAGCCCCAUUUAUGGUCUCUUGGAACUUCUCACUUCAUAGUGCUACGACUGAUAGUCCAACUGGUUCGGUCGAAAGCCCCUCGUCUUUUAGUAUGAGACGUUCAGCUUCUAUAUCAGAUUUAAGUUAUUUGAUUCCGAAAAUCGAGAAUGAGCCACUUCGUGUUGGCGCCAUGAUUUCCUGCACUUUGAAUGAAGAAAUAGAAAAAAAUAUACCACGAAUUUUAAAACUUUUUCCAAAAAUACAAACUGAAGCUGUUAAAGGAUUUAUUGAUCGGCACGGCAAAAGAUUAUGGAGGUUACGUGCGACCGCAGCCGAAGUUCGUUUCAAAGUUGUAGAUCUUACAUUAGGAACAAGUUAUCUUUACGUGUCAUCAUUAAUAAUGUCUCCGGAACUUGAAAGCUGGAUUCUUAAAUCAAUUGGUCGACAGGGUUCAAUGCAUUUGCAACCAACCCACACACCUUACCCAACAAAAGAAUGGCUUCAACCAAAGCGUUAUAAGGCUCAUUUAAUGGGUACCACCUACGCUUACGAUUUUCCCGAAUUAUUUCGCCAAGAUAUUAGAAUACUAUGGAAUUGUGCAUCUCUUCAUAGUUCAAACCUUAAAUGUACUAGUGAUGUUUUGGAAGCCAAAGAACUUGUGCUUGACCAGAAUAAUAAUUUACAAGAAGUAGAGAGAGCUUCGGGAACGAAUUCAUUUGGUAUGAGUAUGUCAGCAAAUUCUGGUGCAAGGAUUGGAUUGGCGGAAGAAGUUAUGAAUCAUUUUAACGUUGCAUGGAUUGAUAAAGGAAAUCCAAGCAAAGGAGAAACACGACAUAAAUUCACCGACAUUAUUGGAUCAAAAGAUGGGCUUGGUGUUGAAUGUUUGAAGGGUUCGGGAUUAAUCGCUGGGAUUACAUCGCGAGCAUAUGAGGACAUUUUUGCAAUAACGUUAGUUACUUGUCAUUCAGUUGAAGAGAAGUUUAUACAGGAAAUCUACAACUUGGAGGCACGCAAAUUAUGGAGUUCACAUCUGACUGCACAAAAUGAUUUGGAGGAUAAUUGGGACAGGGAUGUUAGUUAUAUGCCUCCCAAAGGGCCUUACGAUCCAAGAUGGUUGAUUGCGGGCAAAUAUGAGAUUGAAAGAGAUCCCAACAGUUCCUCCUUUGUUGAAAAUUUAAGUGGAUGGGUGAGGACCGUUGUAGUUGGACGAGCACGUCUUUGUGGAAUCCCAAUGGGUGUUAUAGCAGUUGAAACUCGUACUGUUGAAAGUAUAGUUCCAGCUGAUCCGGUUAAUGCAAAUUCUCAUCAGCAGCUGAUGAUGGAAGCCGGACAAGUUUGGUAUCCCAAUUCAGCCUAUAAGACUGCUCAAGCGAUUAAUGAUUUUAACAAAGGCGAACAAUUGCCCUUAAUGAUAUUUACUAAUUGGCGUGGAUUUUCAGGACAUGUUUCAAGAGAUUCUAAAAUAUGGAUCUUAUAUCAACUUCGUGGUGGUGCUUGGGUUGUAAUAGAUCCUACCAUUAACGAUGAUAUGAUGGAAAUGUACGCCGAUUCAAAAUCAAGAGCUGGUGUACUUGAACCCGAAGGAAUUGUAGAAAUCAAAUUCAUAAAGCCACAAUUGCUCGCAACAAUAGAAAGGUUAGAUGAAAUGGAACAAGAAUUAUUACCGAUAUAUUCACGAAUAGUUGCAGAUUUACAUGAUACACCGGGAAUAAUGAAAUCCAAAGAAACGAUAAGAAAAUCUUUAGAAUGGAAGGAAUCUAGAAGAUUCUUUUAUUGGCGUGUUCGAAGAAGGUUACAUGAAGAGUACGUAUUUAGAGAUUUGAUCAAGGCAAAUGAUAAAUUGACUAGAAACGAUAUGAAACAAUACUUAAUAAAUUGUUUAAAGAUAAUAAUAUUGAAAGCGAUAAUAAUGAAUUUGAUUGGGAAGAAUCUGAUGAAGAAAUUGUGA